CGUUCUCGUUGCCGUGCUACCACGACCCGAAUCCCAGUUUGAGUUUUCGCUGGCGGUAGUGCACACAUCGCGUGCUCACGAUGCACAUCGAUGAUCGUGCCACUUCGGAGACUUCGACUUCCAUUUCCAGAUAUCCCCUGUUUUACUUCUUAGACUAGACGGACUUUGCCGAGCUCCAACUCGUCUCAGCAGCUGGCAAAUAAUUAGGUGGCUUUUUAUUGCUACUGUCACUUUUAAAGCAGCACAUCCACAGUCACAAAAGAACGAGAAUCUAAAUAUCUCAAGCAAACCAAUGGUUUUUGCGCAUUUGCAUAGCGGAACCGCAUCUGGUUUUCUCGAUGCCUUGUGGUCUUCACCAGAACAAGUUUCGUCCACAACCUCCUCCCGUUCCUUUUCUACUUUCGCGACCAUGCCCCCAAGACGAGUGAGGGUGAGUAUCAGGACAAGAGAAACGAGCUUUUACGACGUUCCCGGUCCCGAGCAGGACAUGGACUGGCGGCCCCCGAUAUUCGACCCACAGUUGAAAUACUUCAUUGACCUCGCACGGAACAACUUUGAAAAGGUCACGAUGGCACGGAAGUCAGCGCAGAUGGCCGCCCACAUUGCGAACCUGGCGAGCACCGCCGCGAUCGUCAAAAGCCACCAGCUCGUGUACGACAUCAAGCAUCAGAGUAUCCGGCCAGAGAAGGAAACCCUUGACAGCGUGGCCCUGGACGAACUCGACGCCACCCGGCGGUGCGCAGACACGGGGUACUGUAGUCCCACGCCCGCGCAAGCGAAGAUGUGGGACAAGUUUCUCGACGCCCGGGGAUCCCAUGCGGAGGAACCCGAGAUCAACGCGGACACGAUAUCGGUACCAGGUGGUGCAGAAGAUGCGGAAGCGGGAGGAGGUGCGGAUGAGGCAUCUGCACCAGAGCCCGUAGGGGAGGAGCAGGUGGUGCAAGUUUGAGAGCUGGUCGGCUCGCGUUGCAGUGCGAUUGAGCGUCAAAAUCAAGUUGCGAAGAUGUAAAGCUCAAGGUGAAGAAGAAGAUCACAAGAGGAAGAGCUGUUAGUGUUACCUAUGCGUGUUGCUCCACAUGAUUGAGUCUACACUGAAACGGUUUUUUCCAGCAGUGAACAAGGAGCAAUUUAGACGGCCUAUUUAGGCAGUGUUGGUACACUUUUCUUCUCCUGUUGC